AAUGUUAAAUACGCCAAAUCUCUCCCACGACAGCAUCUGGAGAGAACAGACAGGCGGCCAUCAUGAAUCAGCGAGAGCAGAUGGAGCAGCAGUGCCAGUGGAGGAUCACAGUGUGGGAGGAGGAAAACUUCCAGGGCAAGCGCUGUGAGUUUAGGCUGGAGUGCCCCAAUAUUCUGGACAGGGACUUCCAAAAGAUCCGCUCUAUCAAGGUGGACAACGGCCCCUGGGUUGGUUAUGAGUACCCAGAGUAUCAAGGUCAGCAGUUCAUCCUGGAGAAGGGAGAUUAUCCUUGCUAUCAGGCCUGGAGCGGAAACAGCAGCUACCGUACUGAGCACAUGCUUUCCUUCAGACCCAUCAAAUGCGCUAACCACAGUGACAGUAAAAUUACCAUGUAUGAGUGUGAGGACAUGAUGGGACGCAAGUUUGAGAUGUGCGACGACUACCCUUCUCUUAUGGCCAUGGGCUGGUGCAGUAAGGAGGUUCCUUCUAUCAAAGUCAACUCUGGAGCCUGGGUGGGUUACCAGUUUCCAGGUUACCGUGGAUACCAGUAUAUCUUUGAGAGAGACAGACGUCAGGGAGAGUACAGGAAAUAUUACGAGUUCGGCACCCAGGCCCACAGCAACCAGAUCCAAUCAAUGCGCAGAAUUCAGCACUAACUCCGCCCCCGCUCUUCUCCUAUUGGCUACUCUGUAUCACGUGACAGUAUGAUAAUUCAUGGGACUAAGUAGGCAAUAAAUGCUUUUCAAACUCCAGACAAAAAGAGUGUGCUUGUCGCCAUUCCUUUAAUUGACCAAACCAGGAAACGUCAAAACUGGAGUGUUUUUAUUUUAUAGCAAUACAAAUAAAUGAUGACAGCUUAUAAGGCUAAAUGGCCUUUGUACUUUAAGAUUUAACAUAUUGUUAACAGAGCAUUUCACUUCAGAUUAGAAAGUUUUAGGUUAGAUUCUAGCUUUAUUUUAUUUUUUAGAUUUUUUUUUUCUUAAUGUCAAUCAUAGAAUGUACAUUGUUGUCCUCGGACUGUAUUUAUUUUCAAUAAACAAAAGCAC